GCGCCGAGGCUCUUGGCGGGAGAUAGGAAAGUGCUUCUGUGAGCGCCUGUGGCGGCAGCUGCCCGGGGAGCAGCGGCGGGACCUGCGGCCACGCUGACACUGUGAGCGCGGCUCCGGAGUCCGCAGCGGGCGGCCCGCACCCCGACCCCGGCCCGGCUCCCGCUCCGGGCUCAGCCGGCAGGCGGGUGGGCGCGUGGCGGCCCGGGCCGGGGGGAUGUCUCGGCGGACGCGCGGUGAGGAGCUGGAUGAGCUGCACUACCAGGACACAGACUCAGAUGUGCCUGAACAGAGGGAUAGCAAGUGCAAGGUGAAAUGGACCCAUGAGGAGGACGAACAGCUGAGGACCCUGGUGAGGCAGUUUGGACAGCAAGACUGGAAGUUCCUGGCCAGCCACUUCCCUAACCGCACUGACCAGCAAUGCCAAUAUCGAUGGCUGAGGGUCUUGAAUCCAGACCUUGUCAAGGGGCCAUGGACCAAAGAGGAAGACCAAAAGGUCAUUGAAUUGGUCAAGAAGUAUGGCACAAAGCAGUGGACGCUGAUUGCCAAGCACUUGAAAGGCCGGCUGGGGAAGCAGUGCCGUGAGCGCUGGCACAACCACCUUAAUCCUGAGGUGAAGAAGUCCUGCUGGACCGAGGAGGAGGACCGCAUCAUCUGUGAGGCCCACAAGGUGCUGGGCAACCGCUGGGCAGAGAUUGCCAAGAUGCUGCCAGGGAGGACAGACAAUGCUGUGAAGAAUCACUGGAACUCCACCAUCAAAAGAAAGGUGGACACAGGAGGCUUCCUGAAUGAGGCCAAGGACUGCAAGCCCCCCGUGUAUUUUCUACUGGAGCUGGAGGACAAGGACAACUCCCAAAGUGCCCAUCCCCCAGAGGGCCAGGGAAGUCUCAUGACCAGCUGGCCCUCAAUGCUCCCUGUCAUGAAGGAGGAGGAGAGCAGUGAAGAAGAGGCCACACCAGCCACCAUUUCUCAGGAGAAGGAGCCUCUCUCUGCAGACCUGGAUGAAGUGCGGACGCCUGAGCCCAUGGAGGACUUCCCUAAGCAGGAGGAUGAGGAUUGCUCCCCCCCAGAAACCAGCCUGCCCUACAGAUGGGUGGUAGAGGCUGCCAACCUCCUCAUCCCUGCCGUGGAGUCCAGCCUGUCUGAAGCCUUGGAUCUGAUUGAGUCGGACCCUGAUGCGUGGUGUGACCUGAGCAAAUUUGACCUUCCUGAGGACACCUCUGUGGACGGCAGCAUCACCAGCAGCCCGGUGCAGCCACCACUGACUCAGCAGCUGUGCCCACCUGGCCGCCAGCCUGCCGCCGCUGUGCCCAGCGUGACUGAGUACCGCCUUGAUGGCCACACUAUCUCGGACCUCAGCCGGAGCAGCCGGGGAGAGCUCAUCCCCAUCUCUCCCAGCACUGAAGUUGGGUCAGGCAUUGGCACGCCACCCUCAGUGCUGAAGCGACAGAAAAAGAGGCGGGUUGCCCUGUCGCCUGUCACAGAGAACAGCGCCAGCCUAUCCUUCCUGGACUCCUGCAACAGCCUGACGCCCAAGAGCACCCCCGUCAAGACCCUGCCCUUCUCUCCUUCCCAGUUUCUGAACUUUUGGAACAAACAGGAUACACUGGAGCUGGAGAGUCCCUCUCUGACGUCAACCCCGGUGUGUAGCCAGAAGGUGGUGGUCACAACACCCCUGCACCGUGAUAAGACUCCCCUGCACCAGAAACACGCUGCGUUUGUCACCCCUGACCAGAAGUAUUCUAUGGACAACACUCCCCACACACCCACCCCGUUCAAGAAUGCCCUGGAGAAGUAUGGACCGCUAAAGCCCCUGCCCCAGACCCCACACCUAGAAGAGGACUUGAAGGAGGUGCUGCGCUCCGAGGCGGGCAUUGAGCUCAUCAUUGAGGACGACAUGAGGCCUGAGAAACAGAAGAGGAAGACGGGAGUUGGUAGCGGCUUGGGCAGGGGAAGGCUCCAGCGAAGCCCCAUCAAGAAAGUCCGAAAGUCUCUGGCUCUUGACAUAGUGGACGAGGACAUGAAGCUGGUGGUGUCCACAUUGCCCAGGACACACUCCAUGCCCACAAGUGUCCCGUCGAGCUCCGCUAGCCUCACCUUAUCGGGCGUCAAGGAGGACAACAGCCUGCUCAACCAGGGCUUCCUGCAGGCCAAGUCCGAGAAGCCUGCGGCGGCCCCCAAGCCCCGAAGCAACUUUCCAACACCCGCCCCUAUGACCAGCGCCUGGAAGACAGUGGCCUGCGGGAGGACCAAGGACCAGCUCUUCAUGCAGGAGAAAGCUCGGCAGCUCCUGGGCCGUGGGAAGCCCAGCCACACAUCCCGGACCCUCAUCUUGUCCUGAGGGGCUUGGCGGUCAUGAGCCCAUUCACAUGUUUACAGGGGGCUGGGGACACCGACGAGACCUGUAAGCGUGAACAUCACAUUCAGGUGACUUGCCUGCAGGGAGCCUUCUGCCGCCAGCCCCUCCCAGACUGCUCAGGUGGAGACACAAACGGCAGGGCCACCUGACGACGUCCGACCUCUUGCCGUUCCUGGUGCUUACACAGUCCCACUCUGGGCCUGGCCUCAUCUCAGACCCUUGUGGAGGAUGGGGGGUGUGGGGGCAUGCCCCUUCCCUCCCCCUGUUGGUACAUUUUCUUGAAAGAAUAAAGUUACUUUUUUUCA